GACAGGCUUUGCUUUAUCUCCAGUUGAGGGGAGUGAUGGCUUGCAGUCCUUCCCUACGUGAAUAUCGCUGAGAGCAGUCCGGACCCGAGAUCUGUAGUAUCCAGGACCGAGAGCUUUUUGCGGGCGGUUGGGAAUCUUAGUUAUUACAGCUACUACUAUGGGUCACGCCGGAACUGGCCCGGAAGUCCCGACAUGCCCUGCGCGAGACUGCUACGGGUCGCCGGAGAUGCCGCGGCGCCCUUUGGGAGUUGUAGUUUUGAGCAGAGAGGGCGGGCCUAGGCUUCCCGGCGGGCUACGCGGCUGGGCGGUUGUCGCGGGCAGCGGCGGCGGUUCCGGCUGCGGUGCUGCGGGCGGAUGAGCUGCUAGGUGAGCAGGCCGGGCGGGAUGCGGAGCCGCCGCCGCGCCCCCACCGCCUAAGAAAGCGCUGCCGGGUCAGGCCGCGCUGCCAGCUGUGUGCCGCCAUUCGAGCCUACAGCUCGUAUUGAACGCGGGCCGAGCCUAGCGCCGACCCCGGCCGCAGUCCGGGUCCGGGCUGCCCGCCCCACCCCCGCGCGCGCCGCUCCGCCCGCGCUCGGCGCUCAUGCGGGCCGAGCCCCGCCCCCCGGCCCGAGCCCGCCGAGCGCCUCCCGAGCCCGCGCUCACUGCCGGCCCGCAUCAUGCUGAAGUGCAUCCCGCUCUGGCGUUGCAACCGGCACGUGGAGUCGGUGGAUAAGCGGCAUUGCUCGCUGCAGGUUGUACCAGAGGAGAUUUACCGCUACAGUCGUAGCCUGGAGGAGCUGCUCCUCGACGCCAACCAGCUGCGCGAGCUACCUAAGCCCUUCUUCCGGCUAUUGAACUUGCGGAAGUUGGGCCUCAGUGACAACGAGAUCCAGCGGCUGCCUCCUGAAGUGGCUAACUUCAUGCAACUGGUGGAGCUGGAUGUGUCCCGGAAUGAUAUCCCCGAGAUACCUGAGAGCAUAAAGUUCUGUAAGGCUCUGGAGAUUGCAGACUUCAGCGGGAACCCCCUCUCCAGGCUUCCCGAUGGCUUCACACAGCUGCGCAGCCUGGCUCACCUGGCUCUGAAUGAUGUGUCCCUGCAGGCACUGCCUGGAGAUGUGGGCAACCUGGCCAAUUUGGUGACCUUGGAACUGCGGGAGAACCUGCUUAAAUCUCUCCCUGCGUCCCUGUCUUUCCUUGUGAAGCUAGAACAGCUGGAUCUGGGAGGCAAUGACCUGGAAGUGCUGCCUGACACUCUGGGGGCUCUGCCUAACCUACGGGAGCUGUGGCUAGACCGAAACCAACUGUCAGCGCUGCCCCCGGAGCUAGGCAACCUGCGGCGGCUGGUAUGCCUGGACGUGUCAGAGAACAGGCUGGAGGAGCUACCCGUGGAGCUGGGUGGGCUGGCACUGCUCACAGAUCUGCUGCUUUCCCAGAAUUUGCUUCAGCGGCUGCCAGAGGGCAUUGGUCAGCUGAAGCAGCUGUCUAUCCUGAAGGUGGACCAGAACCGGCUAUGUGAGGUCACUGAGGCCAUAGGGGACUGUGAGAACCUCUCGGAACUGAUCCUCACAGAGAACCUGUUAACGGCUUUACCCCGCUCUCUGGGCAAACUGACCAAACUGACGAACCUUAAUGUGGACCGGAAUCAUCUUGAGGUGCUGCCACCUGAAAUCGGAGGCUGCGUAGCCCUUAGUGUCCUCUCCUUGAGAGACAAUCGCCUGGCUGUCCUUCCUCCUGAGCUUGCCCAUACAGCUGAGCUGCAUGUGCUUGACGUAGCUGGGAACCGGCUGCGGAGUCUGCCGUUUGCACUCACCCACCUCAACCUCAAGGCACUGUGGCUGGCUGAGAACCAGGCACAACCCAUGCUCCGCUUCCAGACCGAGGAUGAUGCCCAAACUGGUGAAAAGGUGCUUACCUGCUACCUGCUGCCCCAGCAGCCCUUGCCAAGUCUCGACCCUGGACAGCAGAGCAGUCCCUCAGAGAGCUGCAGUGAUGCCCCUCUGAGCCGUGUCAGUGUCAUCCAGUUUGAGGACCCCCUUGAAGGUGAAGAAGAUGCUGAGGAAGCUGCAGCCGAGAAGCGGGGCCUACAGCGUAGGGCCACACCUCAUCCCAGUGAGCUCAAGGUGAUGAAGAGGGGCAUUGAGGAGCGCCGAAACGAGGCCUUCGUCUGCAAGCCUGACCCCAGCCCACCCUCACCUUCAGAGGAGGAGAGGAGGCUGAGCGCAGAGUCUGCCCUGAGUGGUAACUCUGUCCCGUCGGCAAGCACAGCCUCCGAUGGUGAACCUGAGACCCUCCCGGCUGAGGUACAAGGGCUAGGCCAGCAAGAGGCCAUGCCUGGUCAGGAAGAGUAUCCAGAGGAAGACUAUAAUGAGCCCACAGUGCACUUUGCAGAGGACACACUGAUCCCUAGGGAAGAUGGUGAAGGUGAAGAGGGACAGCCCGAGGCUCCCUGGCCGCUGCCCAGUGGCCGACAGAGGCUCAUCCGCAAAGACACACCCCACUACAAGAAGCACUUCAAGAUCUCUAAGCUCCCACAGCCCGAAGCUGUUGUGGCCCUGCUGCAAGGGGUGCAGACAGACAGGGAGGGCCCCACUGCGGGUUGGCACAAUGGCCCACACACACCUUGGGCUCCUCGAGCCCAUGAGGAGGAAGAGGAGGAGGAGAACAGGGAUGAAGAAGAAGGCGAGGCCAGCAUGGAAGAAGAUGACAAAGAAGAGGCUGUGGCUUCUGCUCCCUCUGUCAAGGGGGUGUCGUUUGACCAGGCCAAUAACCUGCUGAUAGAGCCUGCUCGCAUUGAGGAGGAAGAGUUAACACUCACGAUCGUGCGGCAGACAGGGGGCCUGGGCAUCAGCAUCGCAGGGGGAAAGGGCUCUACCCCCUACAAAGGAGACGAUGAGGGCAUUUUCAUCUCUCGAGUGUCUGAGGAGGGUCCUGCAGCCCAUGCUGGAGUCCGAGUCGGUGACAAACUUCUCGAGGUGAAUGGUGUGGCCUUGCAAGAUGCAGAACACCAUGAGGCUGUGGAAGCACUUCGGGGGGCCGGUGCUGCUGUGCAAAUGCGAGUGUGGAGGGAAAGAAUGGUGGAGCCUGAGAAUGCAGUCACCAUCACCCCUCUCCGCCCUGAAGAUGACUAUAGUCCCCGGGAGUGGCGGGGAGGGGGCCUGCGCCUGCCCCUGCUUCAGCCAGAGACUCCUGUACCCCUCCGCCAGCGCCACGCUGCCUGUCUUGUGCGCAGUGAAAAGGGGCUGGGCUUCAGCAUUGCUGGUGGGAAGGGCUCCACACCUUACCGGGCUGGCGAUGCGGGCAUUUUUAUAUCUCGCAUUGCAGAGGGAGGGGCUGCCCACCGGGCAGGCACUCUACAGGUUGGCGACCGUGUUCUCUCGAUCAAUGGAGUGGACAUGACUGAGGCACGGCACGAUCAUGCUGUCUCCCUGCUGACUGCUGCUUCCACUACCAUCUCCCUGCUUCUGGAGAGGGAAACUGGAGGGGCUUAUCCACCCAGCCCCCCACCACAUUCCUCUUCAACCCCUACUGCUACUGUUGCUGCUACCAUGACCACUGCCAUCCCCGGAGAACCUCUGCUACCUAGACUGUCCCCUAGCCUCUUGGCCACUGCCUUGGAAGGACCAUACCCUGUGGAGGAAAUUUGCCUGCCCAGGGCUGGUGGCCCAUUGGGGCUUAGCAUUGUAGGAGGUUCUGAUCACUCCAGCCAUCCGUUUGGUGUCCAGGAUCCUGGUGUAUUCAUCUCCAAGGUGCUUCCUCGGGGCCUUGCUGCUCGCUGUGGCCUUCGGGUUGGGGACCGCAUCCUAGCAGUGAAUGGGCAGGAUGUUCGGGAGGCCACACAUCAGGAGGCAGUUAGUGCCCUGCUCAGGCCCUGCCUGGAGCUGUGUCUGCUUGUACGGAGGGACCCACCACCCCCAGGCAUGCGGGAACUCUGCAUCCAGAAGGCCCCUGGAGAGAAGCUGGGUAUCAGCAUCCGAGGAGGCGCCAAGGGUCAUGCGGGGAACCCGUGUGAUCCUACAGAUGAGGGCAUCUUUAUCUCCAAGGUGAGCCCUACAGGAGCUGCCGGGCGUGACGGGCGGCUGCGUGUGGGGCUGCGGCUGCUAGAAGUGAACCAACAGAGCCUCCUGGGCCUCACGCAUGCUGAGGCGGUGCAGCUGCUGCGCAGCGUGGGUGACACCCUCACCGUGCUUGUCUGUGAUGGCUUUGACACCAGCACCACCACAGCCCUGGAGGUGUCCCCAGGUGUCAUAGCCAACCCAUUUGCAGCAGGCCUUGGCCACAGGAACAGUCUGGAAAGCAUUUCAUCCAUUGACCGGGAGCUGAGUCCUGAAGGCCCAGGCAAGGAGAAAGAGCUGGCCAGUCAAACCCUACCCUGGGAGCCUGAGUCUGCAGAGACCACGGGUCGGAAUCAAGAGCCCCUCAAGCUGGAUUACCGUGUCCUGGCUGCUGUGCCCAGUGCUGGGAGUUUGCAAAGAGGACCCUGUGCGACCACUGGAGGGAAGAUGACUGAGGCCCCCUCUUCCCCUGGCAGUCAGCAAACAAAACCGGGGGUGAUCCAGCCAUUGGCUCAGGCCUGGCCAAGGGACUCCCCAGCCCCCAGGGGCAGAGAUGGUCCCUGUUCUCCGCCCUCCCCUGACGAACUGCCAGCCAAUGUGAAGCAGGCGUACAGGGCCUUCGCAGCUGUGCCCACCGUACAUCCUCCUGAGAACAGUGCUACCCAGCCUCCAACACCUGGUCCCGCAGCCUCCCCAGAGCAGCUGUCCUUCCGUGAACGACAAAAGUACUUUGAGCUGGAGGUACGGGUGCCUCAAGCAGAGGGUCCCCCAAAGCGUGUGUCCCUGGUGGGUGCUGACGACUUGCGGAAGAUGCAGGAGGAGGAAGCUCGCAAGCUGCAGCAGAAGAGGGCACAGAUGCUUCGGGAAGAGGCAGUAACCUCAGGACCUGACACGGGGCUCGCCUCAGACAGGGAGUCCCUGGAUGAUGAGCAGGAGGCUGAGCAGCCCUGGGCCGGGCCAAGCCAUGCAGGAGGCCUCAGCCCCUCUUCACCCACACCCCUGGGAGGCAGCGCCCCUGUGAGGACAGCCAAAGCUGAGCGACGUCAUCAGGAGCGGCUGCGUAUGCAGAGCCCUGAGCUGCCCGCCCCAGAGCGGGCCCUGUCUCCUGCAGAGCGAAGGGCUCUAGAGGCCGAGAAGCGAGCACUGUGGAGAGCAGCCAGAAUGAAGUCUCUGGAGCAGGAUGCCCUCCGUGCACAGAUGGUCCUCAGCAAGUCCCAGGAAGGCCGUGGCAAGAGAGGACCCUUGGAGCGGCUGGCUGAGGCCCCUUCACCUGCACCCACACCAUCACCUACACCAUUAGAAGACUUUGGCCUCCAGACCAGUACCUCCCCUGGACGCUUGCCUUUGUCUGGAAAGAAGUUUGACUACAGGGCCUUCGCAGCCCUGCCUUCUUCCAGGCCUGUGUAUGACAUCCAGUCACCAGAUUUCGUGGAGGAGCUGAGGACUUUGGACCCAUCUCCCAGUCCUGGCCCACAGGAAGAAGAUGGAGAGGUGGCUCUGGUGCUCCUUGGCAGGCCCUCACCUGGCACUGUGGGCCCUGAAGACAUGACGCUAUGCAGUAGUCGUCGGGCCAUGCGGCCAGGACGCCGGGGCCUGGGCCCUGUGCCCUCCUAGGGCCAGGUGCUUCCCCAGACUUAGGGUGGGGAGCCUGCCAGCUUCAUCACCUCCCCUACCCCAGGUCUUUUAGCCUUGGUGUUAGCAUUUUAAAGAGACCCCUCAGGAGUUAUGGCUUCUGAUUAACUGCCCCCAUAGCCGGGAUCUCGUGGCGAGACUGUAACUAGUGAUGUUUGUACAACCAAAGACUCUAUUUUGUGGUUUAAGAAGAAUAAAGUUAACUACGUUUUA